AGUGCGUCUGGCUAGUGGAUAAGUCUCAAACGCCGCACCGUUGCAUUUCGUCUCGUUUAUCUCGUUUUCGGUUUCCUUUCCUAUUUCGCCCCCACUACAUACUUUUUUUUUCUCUCCGAGCGUGUUAACUGCAAAACCCUCUUUUUUUGCCCUCUAUAUUGCUCCUUUCGUGUGCACAAUAAUACUGUACCUUGCUUGUCUGCACGGUCGAACCGCAGUCAUGGCGUCCAGGUGUGACCGCGUCGCCCUGCAGUGCAUCUCCGGCAAGAGCGUGGAGCUGCCCUUCCCUGUCACCUUCAAGGCGGUCUUGGCGGCCGCCGUGGCACCACCGUUUUCCUUCACGCCGGAGUCCGUCAAAGUCCACACCCGCGGCGGCCUCAUCAACGUUCAGCGCUACGUGCAGCAGCACCCAACCGAAAAAGACGGCGGUGUUCUUGACGAGUCCGCCUUCACCGUGGCAGCGACAUCUACCACCAAGUCAGCCGGGCUGAAGGGCGGCGAGUCGUUAGCGCUUUUGCCGACUUCCCACGCGGCGCCGUCGGCGGCAGGCCGCGGCCACAAUGGACUCAGGCGCUCGCUCAUUAUCUACGGUGUGCCGCGGCGCGUGAGGGCCCUGCUCAACGGAACACCGCUGGAGGGUACGCCGAGUCCUUUGUCUUCCGCUGCCGCCCCGGCGUCUUCGUCUGCACCUUUCACCCCGAAGACCGCCGUUCCGAAAAGGGAAUUGGUCAGUGACAUCUCAGCUUCGCACACCAGUGAUCCACGCACCGCCGCUGCCGCCGUUGUUGUUCCUGCCCGACCGGUCAAAGGCCACCCAUCCGCAAAGCGCAAUGUAAUGCGGUCCCCGCUGCCGUACCCGCACAGCCCCGACGGCCUGCUGGAGCUCGCCAAGGCGGUCUCCGAGCCGGGCCCGGCGGCAGACGAGGACGAGGAUGAUAUCAUCUCCUACCUGCAAGGCGCCCCGCCGCGGGUGUACAACCACCCGACCAUGAUCUACCUCUCGAACGAGGUGAAGGGGAACUUGACGAUGCUGCGCGCCGCGAUGGAGCAGAUCUACCGCGUGGCACCGGUCUUCUACGCGUGGAUCGAGGCGAACCCGCAGGACUUUUUAAGUGCGCUGAACCGCGUCGGCGAGCGCUCGCUGCAGCACGUGCGGGAGCAGCUCCGCCUGCUGGCCAUGCAAGCCGUAGCCGGGCAGAUGAGCGGGGACGGCCCGAGCCGACGAGUGAUGAUGCUGGAGGUCAACACGCGCGACGGGGCGCAGGAUUUGUAUCAGUUGGAGGUGCAGGUGGGCGACUUUUCGGACGAUGACGACGAGGAAGAAGAUGACUCCGCGUCGACGAGUGAGUCGUUGUACUACACCAGCGCGGAGCCGAGCGAGGAGCUAGACUACGAUGACGAGGUGGAUGCAGAGGAGGUGGAGGAGGAGGAUCGUCGACGUGCGGUCGACGCCAGCAACACGGAUAGUGGCAUGGAGGUGGACGAGAGCGGGAAAGAGGAAACGAGAGAUGAGGAGACCGCGGGUGCGCUCCAGUACCCCAGAGCUGUCGUCGUCGGCGCAGAUGGCGGGCGAACCACGAACGGGGUUGUGGCCGAGGCAGAGGCGGAGGGCGACAGCGCGCCUCAUCGAGGCGCCAUUCUCUUGCCACCAGUGGACAGCGCAGCUGGCGCUGCAGACACAGCCACCGCUACGGAAUCGCCGACGCAGAGCGCGUCGACAGCCACGCCGGCGCCCCCGCCUGGCCACAGUCCUGCGCGCACGUGGCGCCACUCUCCCCCGCCUCCGUCUGCUGCGGCUGUGGUUGCGGAAUCAGGCCCCACCGCAGCGGGAGGGGCUUCUACGGCAGCGGAAAACAUGGCGGCGGCUCCGCAGGAUGAUGACCGCCUUGUCCAGUUGCGCGAGGAGGCGUGUGUGGUGGAGGCGCUGCGCCACGAGUACGUGCGCCAAAGCGACGACCUCGCUGCCCAGAAGACCCACAAAGCCAUCAUGGCUCUCCGGCGUAAAAUGUUCGCUGUUGUGGGGGAGCUGUGCAACGACAUCUCGUCUUCCGCGUUUUCUUAUUCUUCCGGGUCUGCGGCAACGGCGGAGCAGCACGUGAAUCUGCUGCGCCGUGUGGUGCGGUGCGCGUGCGAAUUCUUUGUCACCGCCGAGGAGUUCUACGCGCAGCUGGAGGAGGAGGGCGUUCGCGCCUCCGUCUUUGGGCCGUCGCCGCAGGAGUCGCUCGCUGCGUGGGCUGCCGUGGCCGCGCUGAGCCGGCUGCUGAUGUGUGACGUCGACGCGGCUGGUCAGGCGGCGGUGGCGAGUGCGGCCGCAGCUGCCGUGGCCGGUCCUCGCCGCGUCGGGGCCCUUCGCUCCCUUCACACCGCCAACGCCUUUUGGUCCACGCCGGCGCUUCACUGGGCUCUUACGUGCGGCCCCGAGGUGCUGCUCGCCUCCAUGUUGCAGCUGUGUCGGCAGCAGCGGGCGGUGAUGGUGUGGUACAGCAGCCACUACCUUGUGAAGGCGGUCGGCAAGACGAUUCAAACAAUGGCCUACGUCUUUGGCGGCGCGGAGGAGGCGCAGCAACCGGUGGCGCUGCAGCGGCUGAAGAUGACGAGCAAAGCGCACAAGCUAGAUGAAGUGGCGGACUGUCUGCGUGAGUUGUCCCUCGGCAGCGCGUUCUUGUCCAGCUCUGGCAGUGGUGGUGAUCCGAGCGGGUCGGCGGCGCAAGACAGCGCACGUCGUCAGUGGUUUUGGUUGAUGCGCACCCGCUAUCAGAUGCUGGUGCGGCCCAUCGAGGGCGACCUCCCCGCACCGCACAUGACCUCCAACACCUUGUACGUCUGUGACACCCGUCAAGUCUUGCCUCCGCGGGAGACGAUGGACGACCGAGGCCGCUGCUCACUGGACAGCGCCGCGCGGUGGUGGGCGGCGUACUGUGACGACCACAACACGAUGUGCGCAGAUAAGUGGUGUGUGGCGGCGACGUUGCGGCCGUGGAACGCCGCUGUGGCGUCGGAGAACGCACCGAAUUUGAGCCCGGUGGAGAAAACAGCUGUUUGCCUUGUUAGCCAAACGGGCAACUCGAAGUCAAGUGAGGAGUCGGUGUCCGUCUUGCGCGGCCUCUUUCCAACUGAAAUCGUCGUCACCGGCGACGCUUCUUCUUCCUCCACUUCUACUUCCUCUGCUUCUUCGGCAACGGCGCGCCAUGCAGCGGUGCUGCACGAGGUGGCUGACGCAUCGUCAUCGGCCGCAUCGACGGAGGCUCAAACAUGCAACCUCAAAACGUCGUCCCCACACGGCUUGUCCCCGCAUUUUAUGGGUGAUAUCCACGUCGUGGACGUCGCGACGAGCAGCGUUGCGGACCCCUCGCCGCCGGUCAUCUUGCGGCUGGCAGGCGGAGCGGAGCUGCAAACGUACCUCACCACCGUCGCACGCAAUUAUCUGCUGCCCACCGCCGCGCACCGCUCCGUUUUUCUCCGUCAGUUUUUCGGGCUCUUCGCCCGCCACCAGCAAAUUCCUGCCGCCGCUGCCGCGCGACAGGCCGCACUGGCCAACGCCAGCGCCAACGACGCCCCGUGGCUCGUGUGCGAGUACGUCCUGCUGGACUACGGUGGCGCGAUUCACAGCAUCGCUUCUCCAGCCCCGGCGGCCGCCGCCGUCUCCGCGAGGCCCGUAGCCAACGAUUCGACUGCAGAGGAGGGUGUAACGAGGGACGACUUUGUGCAAAUGCCCGUUGUGCCGCUGAGCCAUCGUUUGUCAGAGCCACGGCCCAUCUCGGUCGUCAGCCGCGGGCGGACUACCUCCGUCGCGGACGGCGAGGGCCGCGCGGUGUUGCGCACCACCACCGUCACCACCGCGGCGGAGGAAGACGCGGCGAAGCGGCGGUACGCCCGCACACACGCGAUUGACGAGCUGUACGAGAUGAUGCUGGGCAGUCUUCUAGAGCACCAGCCGACAGGAGAGGAGAACGUGCUCGACCACCUGGUAAACUACCUGGAGGCGUCGGAAGACACGAUGCAAGAGAAGGUGCGGCGUCGGCAGGCCGAGACGGCAGGGGCGGCGGCGGUGGUGGAGGCAACGGCAGCGGCCGCUGCUGCACCGACUGGGGCUUUCCCCUCCCCGCAGCCGCCGAGCACGACGCGCAACACGAAGGGGCGGCCCUCUCUUCAGCGUAGAAAAUAUUCCUCCUAA